AGCGCGCGCCCGGAAGUCCCGGGGGAGGGGGUGUUACGCAUAUCCGGCGAAUAGCUGGCGGUCCCGGGUGCUGCUGGGCUGUGUGCUGUGAGGGAGGGUCGAAACCGCCAGCCGCCGCCGGAGGAGGACCCUUGGCCGUAGUAAGCAUUAAUAAUGUCUUUCAUCUUUGAAUGGAUCUACAAUGGCUUCAGCAGUGUGCUCCAGUUCCUAGGACUCUACAAGAAAUCUGGAAAACUUGUAUUUUUGGGUUUGGACAAUGCAGGCAAAACCACUCUUCUACACAUGCUCAAAGAUGACCGAUUGGGCCAACAUGUUCCAACAUUACAUCCGACAUCAGAAGAGCUUACAAUUGCUGGAAUGACAUUUACAACUUUUGAUCUUGGUGGGCAUGAGCAAGCACGUCGGGUUUGGAAAAAUUACCUCCCAGCAAUUAAUGGGAUUGUCUUUCUGGUCGACUGUGCAGAUCAUCCUCGCCUCAUGGAAUCCAAAGUUGAGCUAAAUGCUCUAAUGACUGAUGAAACAAUAUCCAAUGUGCCAAUCCUUAUCUUGGGUAACAAGAUUGACAGAACAGAUGCGAUCAGUGAAGAAAAACUCCGUGAGAUAUUUGGGCUUUAUGGACAGACCACAGGAAAGGGGAAUGUGACCCUGAAGGAGCUGAAUGCCCGCCCUAUGGAAGUGUUCAUGUGCAGUGUGCUCAAGAGGCAAGGCUACGGCGAGGGCUUCCGCUGGCUUUCCCAGUACAUUGACUGAUGUUUGGACAGUGAAAAUAAAAGAGUUUUACUUCUCUGGACUGAUCCUAUUCACAGCUUCCUCAUGAACUUUUCUAAUAGAACAAGGAAAGCUCUUCAACCGUGUCUGGCGUUGAGAAGCCACGAGUCUCUGUCAGCUCUCCCAUCGCCCAGUGGUGACAUGUGCUCUUCUCCACACUGUCGGGAGGUAACGCUGCCCCACGUGCUGGUGCAGGGCAGCAUCCCGGGACUCGGAAGCUGGCAGGAUUUGCUGGGUACAGCUGUGUGCCAUCAUGGGGCGCCUGAAAAGAAAAACACGUCUCACCACUGUGGUUGAUUUCAAAAGAAAGUGAUUCUAUUUUUUAAAGAAAGUGUUGUUAAUGUAAUUGGUGUACCUCCUAACUUUUUGAGUUCAAAAUUUACUUGGUCCAGAGUUUUCUAUUUUUUUCUUUUUGAUCUAGUGAAUGGCAUUUAGAUUCUUCAUAAAAUUAUGCACAGAAACGUUGGAGGCCAGAGCUCAGUCAAGUGAACUCACUCCUGUUGAGUUAGCAGGUAGUGAGAGAAGCUCCCCGUCUCUCCAACUGCCUUGCAGUAGGCGGCGCCACCUUGUGCACGGUGGAGCAGGGGCGGGCAGGGCCUGGCCUGGUGGGGGCGGCAGGCUUCCCCUGUGGUCAGCCAGGGUCAUUCCUCACCGCCAUGUGUAGAGCAGAUGGUUCACUGUGGGAGGAGUUCAGUACAGAGUGGUUAUUUUAUUAUUUUUACUUUCAAAGCUACAGAUUGCAGACAGUCUUUGCUUUUAUACUGUUACGAAACUGUUUCUCUCCAUAGCACCUCUUUCAUUUUCAGUUCUAAAAAAAUGACUUUUGCCUCAUGAAAAGAGAACAUCCCCCAUGUUGUCCUACACUGCAGGCGUGCGUCGGUUACUUUGCACAGCUUCUAGGGGAAAAUUUUCUGAAUAGGUGAGUCACACAGGACAGUUAACAGUUGAAGGGCUUUUAAUUCUGUGAGUUGAGAACUUAAAAAUCUGGCAUUUGUAGCAUUUGUUUGGAUCCAGGAAAGAUUCAUUUAGUGGGCUUUAAAAUUCUCACUUGCAGGAUUUGGUCUUUUUAUGGGACUGUCAUGAGCUCUUUUUAUAGGUUACCUUUUUUUUUUUUGGUAUGAAAUUGCCUUUCUCCGUUCCAGAAAUAAGCUGGGGAAACUCUUAAGAACUUUGUGUAGUGUUGUUCUUUUUGAGCCAGCAUCACUUGUCAUUAAGAGCUCAGUAUAAAAAGCCUCAGCAUGCCCAGUAGUGUGAUGAGGAUCAUUUUUAUAGCAUUCUUUUUUCUUAGUGCCAUGUGUAAAAUUGGAUUUUCAUGAUCUUAACCAAUAUUAGAGCCUUUCUUAAAAUGGGUGGAUAUCUUCCUUUUUCUUUAAUGCGAGAUUAGAAGUAGUUUUCCUCAAAACUGAAAAUUGUGAUGAAGAUGCAAAGGUUUGAACUAAAUUCAGUGGGAUUCUUGUGUCUAAUGUGAGGGUAGGGAAAGUGUGGAUAACAUAUUCCAGGGGUGAGUGAGAGUAUUACUCUUUAGUGGAUUUCUCAUUGUUAGUCUUCAGUACUGACCUAUUAGGAAAGUAUACUUUCUCACUGCCAGGUACCAAAUGCAGAGGCUCAGUGAAGGAUAAACCUGGGAAGAGCAUGCCUUUCCUCUGUUAGCAAGCAUAGCUGGAUUAAAACAAAAUUGUUCGUUUGGAAAGGGGUGAAAGCCUUAAAUGAACAAAUCUAGCUAAUGGUGAGUGAACUAGGUAGUUAACUUGCACACUUUUUAAUUUCCUUUGGCUAAAGGUAACCCAUACUUCUUUAUCCAGAGACUUGAGAAGUAUGAUCGCAGUGCUAGUUUUUUUGUUUUUUGUUUUUGUGUUUUCCUCUUUGUCCCUAAUCACUUCGUAGCAAGCUAGAAAACUAUGGAUUCUACACAGCUCAGCUCUUUGUGAAAGUGGUUUAUUUUGGCCACUGGAGAAAGAGGGGAUUGAAAAGUCAGCUGGCAUCUAUUUCUUGCUCCACAGAAAACCCUGUUCUAUAAAAAGAUAGCAAAAGAAGCUGCUGUGAGGAGCUUGGCUCUUAACAGGGAGGAUCAGAGCUUUGUACAGGAACUCCCAUGAAUUGAGAUUUUUCAUUCUGUUUUAUCAGAGUGCAUAUAUGUCCUAUUUCAGGAAAAGUUAAAACAGUCAUUUACAAAAGAAAGUCAGUCUGUAUCCUAAGCAUUUUAAUAAAAAGUUAAAACAAA